CCGCUUCCUAAUUGUCACUGCACCUGGGCGGGGCCUCCGCUGGCAAUAUGGCGGAGAGUGACGGAGAGAGCCUGGAGUCCUGGCUGAAUAAAGCCACAAAUCCUUGUAAUCGUGAAGAGGACUGGGAAUACAUCAUCAGUUUCUGUGACCAAAUAAAUAAAGAGCUUGAGGGGCCACAGAUUGCUGUCAGACUGUUGGCCCACAAAAUUCAGUCUCCACAAGAAUGGGAAGCUCUGCAAGCGCUUACAGUGCUGGAGGCAUGUAUGAAGAACUGUGGGAGAAGAUUCCAUAGUGAGGUCGGGAAAUUUCGCUUCUUGAAUGAGUUAAUAAAAGUUGUGUCUCCAAAGUACUUGGGAGACAGAGUGUCAGAGAAAGUGAAGAGUAAAGUGGUGGGCCUCUUGUAUAGCUGGACAAUAGCUCUUCCUGAAGAAAUCAAAAUAAAGGAUGCCUACCAGAUGCUGAAAAGACAAGGAAUUGUUCUCUCAGACCCAAUAAUUCCAGUGGAUCACACUCUGAUUCCGUCACCUCCAAUUCGCCCUAAAAAUCCAAUUUUUGAUGAUGAGGAGAGAUCUAAGUUGUUGGCUAGAUUGUUGAAAAGUAAGAAUCCAGAUGACCUGCAGGAAGCCAACAAGUUAAUUAAAUCCAUGGUAAAAGAGGAUGAGGUGAGAAUGCAGAAGGUGAGUAAGCGUGUUCACACUCUAGAGGAAGUGAAUAACAAUGUGAAGCUGCUUCAAGAGAUGUUGACACACUACAGUAAAGAAGAAUCAUCAGAGGGCGACAAGGAACUUAUUAAAGAGCUGUUUGAGAGAUGUGAAGCAAAGAGACUCACUUUGUUUAAAAUGGCUAGUGACACUGAAGAUAAUGAUACUAGUUUAGGGGACAUUCUCCAAACUAGUGACAAUUUAUCACGUGCUAUCAGUCUGUUCAAGAAGAUUGUUGAAGGGCAAGACAUCAAUGGGGAACCGGAGCUUUCAGAGACAGCGCACAGUAAAGCAGGGAUGGAGUCCAGCAAAAACCUUCCAACACUCAUUGAUCUAGGAGGGUUUGAGUCUUCCACUCCAGCUGUGGAUUCAGAGCCACCCCCUACAGCAGAACAGGCUUUUCCAGCACUGAUUCCCAUUCUUCCUCCUCCUCCAAUUAUACCUCCACACUCCCACAUUCGAUCCAGUCCAGUAGAUCAGACUCUAGCUCAAAUGAGCAGUGCAUCAAACUCUGUGUGUUUGCUUGAUGAGGAGCUAUUGCACCUAGGUCUGGAUGAUCCUUCUUCAAAUGGAGCCCCAGAAUUAACUUCAGACUCCAAGUGCAAUAUGUUCCAGGUGGACAGUCAAGAUAUUGAUUUCUUCACAGUACCUACACUGGAUCCUGUGAUCACCAAAGCCAUCCCUUUGCUAGCACAGCCAGCAAAUCCCAUUGUUGCCCUAACUUUUACAUCGCAGUCCACUCCCACUACGUAUCCUCCAUUGUUUAAUGCUGCCCCGGUAUUAUCUACAGCUGUACCAUCCCCUGCUCCUCCUGCUGGGGGGAUUGUGCUACAUGAACUAGAAGUGCUUGGACAGCAGCUACUACAGGAAGCAAAAGGGGCAUCAGCAAAGACCACGGGCUCUUCUGUUGCUUUGAAUGCCAUGCCCACCUUUGCAGUGGUGAAACCUCUAAAUCCUGUUGCAACCGUAACUCCUCCUUCUCCAUAUUGUUCUGUGCCUGUGGCCCCUGGUAACUUCAUUUUUCCAUCCCAUCAGCAGGAAAGCCCCCAGAAAGGCUCACAUAUAUCCUUGGCAAAUGUGAUAGUGCUGCUGGAAACAAUAAAAACAAGUUCCUUCCUUCCAGUGACUGCUUAUGAUAAGAAUGGCUUCCGCAUUCUGCUGCACUUUGCCAAGGACUGCCCACCUGACCGUCCAGAUGUUUUGGUUGUAGUGAUCUCUAUGCUGAACACAGCACCUCUACCUAUACAAAAUAUUAUUUUCCAGGCAGCAGUUCCCAAGACAAUGAAGGUGAAGUUACAGCCUCCUUCUGGGACAGAGAUGGCAGCAUUCAAUCCCAUUCUACCCCCUGCAUCAAUCACACAAGUCAUGUUACUGGCAAACCCACUCAAGGAAAAAGUGCGGCUCAGGUAUAAGCUAUCAUUUACACUGGGAGAAGAGUUCAGCACAGAGGUGGGGGAAGUGGACCAGUUUCCGAGCCCAGAUCUGUGGGGAAAACUAUGACCCUAAUUUCUGUUGUCAUCUUCAGACUGUGAUAGGAAAUGAGAAGUGAUAUUGCUUCAGUAUACAGGUUGUUUACACGUCCGAAACAUCUGGGCAGUGAAAAGCUGGAUAUAGUGGGAGUGAUUGAGACCCUCACAGCACUUUAUUUGUACUCUCCCGAGUGGACUCAGUCAUUUCCCUUUAGUGUCCAGAGCUUCUAAAGCAUUCAUACUACUGUUGUGUAAUGAUAUGCCAGCCUUUCUUUUGUCUAAACCAUUGCUGCUGGAAAGACAGUUGAUU